AUGCCUAAGUUCUACUAUUUCAAGAGCUCAUAUCUCAUCGACCAUGACUUUCCCCAAUAUGAAAAAUACCUUCACACCCCCUUCCCCACCUCUUCACAUACCCUUCCUCAUCUCCCAACCCCACACCCUUUCUCUCUUCAUCAUCGCCCUCUCCACCCCCUCCCUCGCCCUCUUCCGUUGCCUCCACUACUACAAAAUUAUUAUUUUACAUCAUUAUAUUUUACAAAAUUAUUAUUUUACAUCAUCACCCUCUCGACACAACACUUUGGUGGGCACUCUCGCGGGCUCUGGACAGAACACAUAUGGUCACUAGAGGCACCCCUGGGCGACGCCGACAAGCUCAAGCCCCACAUCGCCCUCUCCAACCUCUCCCUCCCCUCCGACUACGCCGUCGCCAUGGUCGUCUCGCGCCUCGCCCACGGCCUCUCUGCCAAAACCCUAGCCUCCCGCUAUUCCCUCAAACCCUACCUCGUCUCCAAAAUCACCAACAUGGUCACGCGCCUCCUCGCCACCAAGUUCUACCUGGAGUUCAUUAAGAUCCCGGUGGGACGGCGCCGCCUCCUGGAAACCACCCAGGCCUUCGAGGAACUCACCUCCCUCCCCAACAUGUGCGGCGCCAUCGACACCACCCCCGUCCACCUCCGCUCCAACCCUAACCCAACACCUACCGUUGUCGCUACGAAUUCCUGGGUCGCAAUGCAGGCUGGCAUUGACAAGCUCGUCGAUGCUGUUGGCCUUACUCUUGGGCCCAGAGGUGGGCCUGGGCCUUAGCCAUUCUAGAUUGAAAAUCACUCACACUUUUGAAAACAUGUUGACUUUGUUAUUGAGGUUUCAUCUAUUUACGCAUGGGGUGCGCGAAUUACCGGGACUCAAUCAAUUGGCAAUGCUGCAUUAGUGGGAUUGGUUCCGCGAGAUUCUUUAUCUUAUAUGCUAAUUCCCAAGGUUAGGGCACAAGAUUAAGAAGCACACUUAACCUUGAUCUUUAGUUACACAUUAGCUUUGUUAACAGUGAUCAGCUUCCUGUGUUAAGCGCUGGAAAUUUUAGUGCCUGACUUACUACUGUACUGAGGAAUUCAUUU